AUACGAGGCUCCAUUUAUUCGAAAUAUUGUAAAAGAAGUUAGUAGUAAAUUGAGUCGCAAGGUGUUGAAUGUUUCCCCCUAUUUGGUUGGAAUAGAUUCUGAUGUUGCAAUAAUUAAUAUGUGGUUACAAGAUAUGUCAACCAAUAUGAGGAUAAUGAUAAUUUAUGGAAUUGGAGGUGUGGGGAAGACAACCAUUGCAAAGACAGUUUAUAACAUGAACUAUGACAAUUUUGACGGAAGAAGCUUUCUUGCAAACAUAAAAGAAACUUCAGAACAAUUCAAUGGUCUGCUUCACAUACAAAGACAGCUUCUUUCUGAUAUCCUAAAAGACCUACCAAUCAAUAUUUACAAUGUAGAUGAAGGAAUGAUGAAGGUCAAGGAAGCUGUAUGUCGCAAGAGAGUUCUUAUUGUUCUUGAUGAUGUCGAUCAAAUCGAUCAAUUCAAUGCCAUCAUUGGUAUGCAGAAAUGGUUAUACCCAGGAAGUAAAAUAAUCAUAACAACAAGAUAUGCAAGUUUGCUUAAUGUUGAUUAUGAAGGUUGCUGGAUACUUAAAAUUAAGGAAUUGGAUGAUGAUCCAUCAAUGCAGCUCUUUAGCUGGCAUUCAUUUGGCCAAGACCAACCUCCUGAAGGUUUUGUCAAGCUCUCUAAAAGGGUAGUAAACUACUGCAGAGGACUACCAUUAGCUCUUCAGGUUUUGGGUUCUUCACUUCGAGGAAAAAGUGUAGAUAUAUGGGAAAGUAAAUUAACAAAGUUGGAAGAAAUCCUCGAUAGCAAGAUUCAAAAUUCUGAAAAUAAGUUGUGA